AUGGACAGAGCCAAGGCUUUGCGCGACUUUCUUCUUCAGUUGGAUCAUCGGAAUCUGAGGCGGGCCCCGUCCAACUGGUCCAACUGGUCCAACGGGACCGUGAAUGGCAAGAAUUUGGAGGUGAAACAGUUGGACGUUGUAGGAAGUUGGAGCGACUGGGAGUUUCAAGCGAUGCAGCGGGUCGGCCCUAAGGAGUUUGCUGUGGAGGUCGCCUUGUCUCAUCCUGGCGGUGAAUUUCAGAUCGUCCGAGAUCGCGACUGGUCGCGGGUCUUCUACCCCGGCGUCGCCGGUGCCGUGGCGGGCCCCGACGACGAGGGCCAUGGCGUGAACUGGAGCUUGGAUGGCCGUGCGGGGGACGUGUUCCGCAUUCGCAUUUUCUGCAACGGCGAUGGUUGCGGCGCUCGCGCUGUUCAGUGGCAGUGGCUGCGUUCGGAGGUUGAAGAGAUGGAGACAGGCCAAGGCUGGUACGAUCCAUUGGAGCCAUCAUGGGAAUCAGCUCUACAAAGAUUAGAGGACCUCUGGUCCCGUGAGAAGCAGUCCGUCGAGCCCAGCGAGGACGACUACUGGCAGGUCAUCGCUUGCUGCGAACGCGGACCACCGGAGGCGAACGAAACGGCGCAGCUGCUGCGGCAGGAGGUGAAGGAAAGGAGAUACGAGGGUGUGGAUCGCUUCUUCUUGACACCACGGGUCUACUGGAUCCUUGGACUGGAUAAGUCGUAG